AUGGCCAUGGAUGAGCAGAUGCAAACAAUGAGCAUUAAAGAAAGAAGAACAUUGGCAGAGCCAAUUGAGAUAUUGGAAGAUGUACCGUUGGAUGAGUCCAACCCAGAGAAGUUUACCAAGAUUGGAACAAACAUGCCUGGGAUUGACCUAAGUGUGAUUACUUAUCGUCUAAAUGUGUCCUCGUCCUACGAGCCUGUUCGUCAGAAGAAGAGAGUGUUCACCCCAGAACGAGAUAAUGCCAUUAAGGAAGAAGUCCAUAAGUUAGUCACUACGGAGUUCAUAUGUGAAGUUUAUUACCUUGAUUGGCUAGCUAAUGUAGUGAUGGUAAAAAAGGCUAAUGGCAAAUGGAAGAUGUGCAUGGAUUUCACAGAUUUAAACAAGGCAUGCCCAAAAGAUAGCUACCCUCUUCCACGCAUUGAUCAGUCGGUGGAUUCAACAGCUGGAAACUAG